CACAUCCGUAGCACAGCCUGGACUGUACGAUACCACCGACGCCGCCGCUCAGAAUUUUCCGGGCCACCCAUGAAGGACUCCUUCAGAUAAGCGGGCGCAGACGCCGCAGUGUGCAAAAUAAGGCUCUUGUGACACAGGCCAGAACGUGAACUCCUAAAUAUUACAGUGGGUCCGGUAAGGCAAGCAGUGGCUUUCCGUAUUUAGGUGUACCGUAUGUCACAUUCCAUCCUCAUGCAGUCCAUCAAUCGUUUCCUGUAUGGGCCAACGCCAGAGGAGAGGGUACGCGCAUGGCAGGCCAAGCUACGUGCAGAGAGUCGGAAAUUGGAUAGGGAGAUGAGGCAGCUUGACGCCGCCACUGCCAAAGCCCGCACAACAGUGAAGCAGCUCGCUGCAAAGGGCGAUGUUAAAUCCGCAAGAAUACUCGCGAGGGAGGUGGUAAGGAGCAACAAGCAGAAGGAUCGCCUGUCUGUUAGCAAAGCUCGCCUAGGUUCCAUAGGGACGCAGUUGACGCAGCAACUUGCAAUGGUGAAGGUCACUGGAUCCCUGCAGAAGUCCACGGAGAUCAUGAAAUUGUCCAACUCGCUGAUCAGACUGCCGCAAAUAAGCCAAAGCAUGAGAGAAAUGAGUAUGGAAAUGACCAAGGCUGGCGUUAUGGAAGAAAUGCUGCAGGACGUUCUUGAUGCGGAGGAAGAUGAAGAGAUAUCUGAGGAAGCCGAUGCCGAGGUAGAUAAGGUCUUGUUUGAGCUCACCAAUGGCAAGCUUGGCCAAGCUGGCACAGUUGGUGCGGAGUUGCAGGCCCCCCAGGACACGCUCGAGGACGAAGAAACGGAACGAACUAUGGAACAAUAUCGACAGCAACUCAACGGCCUACUGAGCAGUUAAUUUCCUGCUUCUCUUUGCUAUGUACUUACACUGUAUACCAUACUCAUGGACCGCAUUUCGUUUUUGUAUUACUUAUUGGUAGUAUGCCUAUGGAACGUGAUGCGAUUCAAAUUAG